GAGGUUCACGAUCAGAAGGUGCAGCUCGACAACCUGCAGCAUGUCAAGUACACUCUUGCCCAACAGCUUGAGGAAGCCAGACGCCGUUUGGAGGAUGCCGAGCGGCGCCACAAACCGAUGCCGAGCCCAAUUCGGGGCGAAUUUAAUUUGCCAACGCCCAUUUGGGAGUCGCUAGCCUGGGUGAAGAGGAAGUUGGGGUAA